ACAGCCUGCAGCUGGGGUCCGCGGCUCUAGGCGAGCCUGGCGGGGAUGGACGGCCAGUCGGAGCACACUGGGGGCAGCGAGGGGGACGGCGGAGAUGAGGGCGGCCUGGCCUCGAGGCCGUCUGAGAGCAAGGCCAGCUCUGGUCCCCAGAGCCCGGCCGAACCCGCGGAGCCGGAGCCGGACCGGGAGCCGGAGAGGGAGCCGGAGGCGGAGAAGGUAGAGGCUUCGGAGGGAGGCGCCGCCGCGGACGCGCAGGCCGGAACCCCGGAAGGGCCGGCGGCCACAGAGACUGCGGGCGAGGGGGGCUCCGGAGCGCCGGGGAGGCCGUCCGAGCCCGGGGAGACGGCCGAGGCCGGGGACGAGGAGCUAGCCAAGCCGGAACCCGAAGCAGGCCCCCAGGAACCGGGGGCGGCGGCGGAGGAGGAGCAGGAGGAGGGGGAGACGAGGGAAGCCCCGUCCCGGGCCUCUCUGCCGCUGUCCACGGCCGGCGGGGAAAAGGCUGCGCCAGGCCGGGAGGCCGAGAGAGAGAGCGCGGAGGGGGAGGACGAGGGCGCGGAAGCACGCGCGGCGACAAGUGGCGAGAGGCGGCAGUCUCCGGGCGAGGAGGACUUGGAGUGGACCGCGGAGGUCCGCAGGCUGCAGGAGCAGCAGCUGCGCAGCGAGCUCCUGGAGCAGUACCGCUCGCUGCUGGUGGAGCGGAGCCGCUACCAGCGCUACAACGUGUACCUGCAGCACCAGAUCGUGGAGGCGCUGCGCAAGAAGAAGGGCCUGGACGCGGCCGAGGUGCCCGACAAGGGCGUGGAGGCCGAGGCCCCCGAGAAAGAGCAGGCGUACUUGGGCUAUCUGGCCGUGCUGGAGGAGCUGAGGAAGCAGCAGGCAGACGACCUGGCGUGGUACCACCAGGAACUGGACCAGCUGAAGCAGCAGUGCCAGGAGAAGCUCGCCAGGGUGGAGAAGGAGUGGCGAGGCUUCCAGGCCCUCAAGAAGCAGGUGGUGAUGCAGGCCAUGGGCAGCUGUCGGAUGAGGGGUGGGCGCCAGGCUGCUCUGCGGGAGGUGGAGCAGAUCCAGGCGCUGGAGGAUAAAAAGGAAAAGGAGAUGAGCGCUGUGCGGCUAGAGAACGUGCAGCUGAAGCAGAGCCUGGUGCAUUUUGAAACCAGGAUGAAGGCGCAGGAGGAGUUGAGCGAGGGUCUGCUCUUCAUCGAUUUUGAACAGCUUAAGAUUGAGAACCAGACCUUCAAUGAGAAAGCUGAGGAACGAAAUGAGGAACUUUUGAAACUGCGCAACAAGGUAACCAACAAUGUGCAAAUAGUAACCCAUGUGAAGGAAAAGUUGCACUUUAUGGAUAUGGAAAAUGCAUGCAAAAAGGCACAGCUUUCGGAAAUUGAGUCUCAGGUGGCCCUAGGAAGGGAUAUCUUGACCAAGACUAAGAAAGCCCGAGACAGCCUGCGGAUUGACAACAUCAGGCUGAACCAGAAGUGUGGGCUCCUGGGCAAGGAAUCACUCCUUCGGGACUUGGAAGAAAAGGUGGAAAAGGCUGAGCUGCUCAGUCGGCGGCUGGAAUCCCUGAAGCGCCAUCACGCUGGGCUGACAUUGUCCUGCAGAGGCGUGAAGCAGAAGAUCCGGGAAGCCAAAGCCUUUCUCCCCUCUUGACACAGUUGAUAAGAGUCAGCAGAACGUGCUCAGUCUCAGCAAACCUUGUCCUUUAUUAACUUUUAUUCUACACGUG